CCAUAUCUCUCAGUGAGCCUACAAUUAUUUCUUACAAUCUGUGUGUCUGUGGCUUCAUGUGAGAGGAGUUUUUCAAAGCUAAAGAUUAUAAAGAACUAUUUGCGAUCUACUAUGGGACAGUCUAGGCUUUCUGAUCUUGCAAUAUUAUCAAUUGAAAGAGAUUUGGCAAAAAAAGUUGAUUUUGAUGAAGUAAUUAACAAGUUUGCAUCUCUAAAGGCGAGGAAAGGGAAGUUCUGA